AUGGCGCGCCUCGACAUUGCUCCGGGCGGCCUCAACCCGCCGCACACGCACCCGCGCGCCACCGAGGUGCUCACCGUCGUCCAGGGGCAGAUGUACGUCGGCUUCCUCGCCACCGAUGGCACGCUCUUCGCGAAGGUGCUGUCCAGGGGCGACGUCUUCGUCUUCCCCAAGGGCCUCGUCCACUUCGAGUUCAACUGCGGCGCCAGCCCCGCCGUCGGUAUCUUCGGGCUCAGCAGCCAGAACCCUGGGCUCAUCCGCGUCGCGGACUCGCUGUUCGGUGCCACCCCCGCUGUCUCCGACGAGGUGCUCGCCAAGGCGUUCAGGAUCGACGCCGCCACCGUGCAGAGGAUCAAGGCGCAGUUCGCCACCAAGAAGUAA